UUGAAUAAUGUUCAGCCUAGGACAUACAUUCUGACUUGAGGUAGGACUCGGUCAGUCUCGGACCUUUCAGUGCUCGUCGUCAGUCUCAGCAUCUGACAAAAUGGUCGAAGCCCUGACUCCCGAGCAGAUCACGGAGUACAAAGGCGUGUUUGAGAUGUUUGACGAGGAGGGGAACGGCGACGUCAAGACAUCGGAGCUGGAGAGACUCAUGAGCCUCAUGGGCAUCAACCUCACCAAGAGAGAGCUGGUGCAGAUGGCCAAGGAUGUAGACAAGGAUGGCAAGGGCCUCUUCAACUGCGACAGUUUCCUGGGACUGAUGGCACUGUACCACGAGAGGGCUAAGAACCAGGACGCGGAACUGCGAGCGGCCUUCAAAGUGUUCGAUAAAGAUGCCAAAGGCUAUAUCGACUGGGACACCCUGAAAUACGUGCUGAUGAACGCAGGCGAGCCCCUGAACGAGGAGGAGGCCGAGCAGAUGAUGAAAGAAGCAGAUAAGGACGGGGAUGGAACGAUUGACUACGAAGAAUUCGUGGCCAUGAUGACGGGUGACUCUUUUAAGAUGACAUCAUGAGAGAAAAUUCCAGUGAGCCGCUGCAAAGGUGAUGGACAUCCUGCGUACAAAUUCUGAAUAUGCUGCUUCAAGCAGGUUCAUAUUUUACCAUUAUUGGCUUUAUUUAAUAAAAGUCAGUCUUGGCCAAGUCAUUUAUCCAAUGUACCAACUAGAUUGAAAUGUGCUUGUGACCCCAGGAAGCCAUUGUACCUCACUGCUUCUCCAGCACUGCACAGAACAAGGUCAGAAGAUUCUGCAUUGUAAUUGUACAUCACAAAAUAUUGCAAAAGUUUUGGUUUUAUUUUUAUGAGCACAAUAGACCAUGUGUGGAACAGUAAUAAACCAGUGUUCUUAAAGCAUUUGUUUCCUGGCUUCUUUCAGUAAAAGGCAACGGUGUCUGAGGGCUGUGUGAA